AUGCCGAGGCCCCCAGGAGAUGCAGGGGCGAGCCUGUGGGCUCUGCCGGCAGCCAACUACACUGAAGUGGAACCGGUCAUGAGCCCCAGGCCGCCCAAGCCCCAUAGGCGCCCCGCUCCCUGGCGGGAGCCCCGAGCGAACCCCGAGGGGCCAGGCCCUCCGAAGCAGAUCCCAAGCGGCACACCCCACGGAACUCGAAUCCCCGAGGCCCCACCGGGGCUCCCGCCCGAGGGCAGCACACCACAGGGACCCCGGGCCUCUGGACCCACCCAGCGGCAGCACAGCUACCAGAUGAGGGCAUCAGACCCUGAAGUCAGACCCACCAGGCGCCCCAAUUCGAGCGCCCCCCAGGGCUCCAGGACCCAGGGACCCCCCCAGCCAGCCCCUGCGCCCAGCAGGACGCAUCCCACAGCCCCACACUCCACUAAGUGA